CAAAACCAGUUUUUAAACUUAUAAAUUAUGCCACCACCCAAGAAGAAGCAAACCAGUUCUCUCGGUAGAGCUGUCAUUAGAUCUCGUUUCCAAGGUCAAAAGGCCAUUGCCCUUGACGAAGGUAUUCUUCACACAACCGAAGUUGCUGAAGGACCCAAGUGGGUUAAAAUGCAAAGUAUCACACAAGAAAAUGAUUUAGAUGCCUUCUUGAGUACUGCUGCUCUUGCCGGUACCGAUUUCACAGCUGAAAGAUUAAAUGUCAAAGUCAUUCAAAACGAUUAUCAAAACCCCUUCUUGAUUUCCGAACAAGAAGAAAAGGAAAGAAUUGUGAAGCAAGAGGCUAAUGUAGAUAAGUUAUCAGUUCCCCGUAGACCUCAUUGGGAAAAGACUAUGACUGGAGAAGAAGUUCAACGUAAUGAACGUGAGGCUUUCUUAAACUGGAGACGUUCCAUGGCAACACUUGAAGAUGAAGAGGGUUUAUUGUUGACCCCUUUCGAAAAGAAUUUGGAAGUGUGGCGUCAAUUAUGGCGUGUUAUUGAAAGAUCUCAAUUGAUUGUUCAAAUUGUUGAUGCUCGUAACCCCAUGUUGUUCAGAUCUGCCGAUCUCGAGAAAUAUGUAGUUGAAGUAGACGAGAACAAGGCCAAUUUGUUAUUGAUUAACAAGGCUGAUUUCUUAACUGUCAAACAAAGAAAAAAGUGGGCUGAUUACUUUGAUUCUCAAGGCAUCCGUUACACUUUCUUUUCAGCUGCGCUCGCUGCUCAAACUAUGCAAGAAGAGGAAGAAGAAAGACAACGUCAAGAAUUGGAAGCUUCUUUAAAGGCACAGGCUGCUAGAGGUAGUGAUGAUGAAGAUGAUAGUGAUGAGGAUGUUGUUGAACAAGCCAAACAAGUCGAGGAAAAAAAGGAUGAGGUUGAAAAGAUCACUGACUUUUUAUCCAAGGCUUCUCUCAACGUCGAAAGUGAAGAGAAGGAUGAUGAACGUACCCGUCUUCGCACAACUACCGAUUUAUUAGAUUUAUUGAUUGAACAAACACCUGUUGUAAAGAACGAAAACGGUGAAAUUGAAAAGAUUACUAUUGGUUUGGUUGGUUACCCCAAUGUUGGUAAAUCCAGUACGAUUAAUGCCAUUAUCGGUGAGAAGCGUGUAUCAGUCUCAUCCACGCCUGGUAAAACCAAGCAUUUCCAAACUAUUCAUUUGACACCUACACUUGUACUUUGUGAUUGUCCUGGUUUGGUUUUCCCCACUUUCUCUACCACCAAAGCGGAUCAAGUGUGUAACGGUGUUUUACCCAUCGAUCAACUUCGUGAACAUACUGGACCCACAACAUUGGUUGCUAAGCGUAUUCCUCAAAAUGUGCUUGAAGCCACUUAUGGUAUUCGUAUUCGUACAGUUCCUAUUGAGGAUGGUGGUACUGGUAUUCCCACUAGUGCUGAAUUCUGUUCCACAUAUGCUAUUGCCAGAGGUUAUGUUCGUUCUAGUCAAGGUAAUCCCGAUGAAUCUCGUGCAGCUAGAUAUAUUUUGAAGGAUUAUGUCAACGGCAAACUCUUGUUUUGUCAUCCUCCUCCUGGUAUUGAUGCGGAUGAGUUCAAUAAGGAAAUUAAUGAGGCAGCACUUAAAGUGUUCAAGAAAUUGGCACCUACUACUCGUGUACCCUCAACUGCAUUAAAUUAUGUGGCACCUUCUGAUGGCUCAAGAAAUCAAUCUGGGUCUAAAACUGAUGCUGUCGAUAAAGCCUUUUUUGAAAAACAAUUAAAUCAAGCUAAUGUGAGCGGAAAGCAAUCUGUUGCAUCAUCUAUGACAGGCGGUAGAGUUACCUUAUAUCCCCAUCAACGUGUACUUACCGAUGAUGGUAAACCAAUGAACAGAAAAGCUCGUAUGGCUUUAGUUCAAGCCAAUUUAGGUGAUGUGGGCGAUGUCACAUCAAAGAAGCAUAAGAAGGGAAAGAAGCAUGUCAAGGUUAGAAGUGGUGCUGGUUAUGAUUACUUGUAAAUUUUUUGUUCUAUAAAAACACUAUUAAUAAAAAAACAUUUUGUAUACACACAUAA